AUGGCUGCCUCGAGUAUAGACGAACAGGAGGCGCCUACUGAGUUCGAAUUGUCGUCAUCAUUUGGCAGUUCAUCCGGUCUCAAAAUCGCUGUUGAACGAUGUCCUGUGUGUGACUAUAGCAAACGACCAUUUUACUGUAAAACAUGCGUCAACCAGGGCCUGUUCGUGCACUCCAAAGGCACCUACCCAGAAAGGUUUACAGAUAAAAGUCACAAGUUAGAAAUCCUUACAAAGGAGAGGGAUUCUGUGCUGGAGCAGGUGAAGCAUUCAGUGUAUAAGAAGCAUGUCAUUGAUCAGAAGAAAAAUGAAAUCCAGGAAUGUAAACGGAAGAUCACAUUGCUCAAACUAACGUUAUCUGCUUCAAAGGAGAUGAAAUCAUCAGAAAGGCAAGACUUAGAUGUUAUCAGCAGGGAGAACCAUGCCAGGCGAUUUAAGGGUCGUAAUCACCAGGAGAAGAAACAAAGAAUAAAGGAUUAUAUUAAGCUCGUGAGGACAUCCAAUGGGGUGAAAUUUAACUCACUGGGAGAUGUCCUGGAGGAUCUGUCCAAGGAGAGGAAGAAACAUGUAGCUGACCUGACACACUACAUAUUUCCUGUAAUGGAAGUCAAACGAGACAGUAUGGUGGAAGAGAGUGCAAACUCGGCCAGUACAGAAAAGGCACUAAGGGAUGCGAGCCACACAACGUACAUCCGAGGUCAGUGGGUGUACACAGACGGUAACGAUGGGGACUUCAGGAUUGUGGAACCGACGUUGCCCUCUACUGGCGACUACUCACCCUACAAUAUAUGGGUGGCCACGAGUCGUGAGAACAAUGGUGACCCUGAUAACAGUUUACGUAACCCUGGUCACCGAAUCAGUGCAGCACUGUGUUACGCCAGUCAGCUAGUAUCGAUAUUGUCAUCUCUGUUAGAUGUUCCCCUAGUUCAUAGGCAAAAUUACAGUAUAUUCUGUGGUGCUGAGGUGAUCGAGAAGAAUUUUCGGAACUCUGUUGCCUGCCUCAACCAGAAUGUGUUGUACCUGUGUUUCUCCCAGGGUCUGGCAGAUUGCCCUCUCAUUGAUCCUAGGAAUACAUUAGGAAACAUCUGCCUCCUCGUUAGACACACAAGUCUAGGAAGAGAACAAUCCUUCACUGUGAACCAGGAGCUGCUCCAGUCAGUAGGGGAGAUAACUGUAUCAACAGACGAAGAACGAGAGGAGGAGGAAUGUCAGGCGGAACUCUUCACACGUGAAGGUGAGAUUGGACUGCCAUCAGACUGGGAGGAAGUACCACAUGAUAUAGAUGAGAGUGAGAUAGUAAAUCGUACAGUGUUCAGUUCAACUCUGCAAUCGACAUCUUACGCGCCACCGACCUCUGAACCUACUCACCUCACUGCCAGUGCUUUCGUCUCAUCAGCUGCCGCAUCUCUCGUGUCCUUCUUCAGAGGACCUCAACCUUCUGACAAAAGAUGACAUCAUGGUCUCCUAGUAGUUUUCUUUCUUGUAAUAUUGAAACCAUGUCGAAUUUUGUGACAUUGGAGAUUCCUUUUGCCUAAAUGCUAUAUAUAAUAACUUUUAAGAUCAAUUUUUUAUAUCAUUGGUAAUGAAAGCACUUUCUAUAUUUAAUAUCACUACCAGAAUUUAAUUUAUUACAUUUUUUAAAAAGUUCCGCUUCAUAAGCAAAUAAGAUAUUUUCUUACGUGAAAGUUUUGUAAAUUUUGGAAGAUUUCUUAUUAAAUGUUGCACACUGUUUAAAUACAGUUUUGUUGAAUUAACUACCAAAUUUGGUAGGCCUUGGUUAUUAAACAAGUUCAUUAUAACCUGUGUGGCAUUGUUCCUAGAAUGAUACAAUUUGCAGUCUUCUUCAGGAGUUUUUUUUUUAACCAUGCAAUUGAAGAUCUUCUACUUUGAAAGAUUAUUGGAAAAUCUUUUAAGUUAUGCAUGCCGAGGUUGGAAGUAGACAUCUCUCAAUAUGACUGAUGCUUGUGUUAAGUGCAUGCAGACUGAUGUAUUUAUUGCUCUAAACAGUCAGCCUUUUUGGUCUACGAUUGUGCUGAUAGUUGUUUCGGAUAAAAAAUAGAUCAAUUAAUUCACCUAGGAGCUAGGUAAAAUUGACAGUUCAUUAGCCAUUUGUGAAGAAUAUAUAUCAUAUUUGCACUCAAUUUAAAUGCGGAAGUUCUGUUCUCAGUAAAACUUCUUUUUGAAGAUAAAUAUUGCAAAUGGUAUCAUUCUCUGCAUAUUUAUUCAAAAUAUACUUGAAGAAGUGAUAUGUCAGCACUACUGUUGCUCAUGAAUUUUUCGAACAAAAAUUGUCCUUUUUAUAAAUAAUUUAUGGUCAUAUUAAGAAUUUUUGUUAAACUGUUUCUUUCCCUGUUCAAAAUUUUUGAGAUAACCAUUGAAUUUGUCUUCUUUAUGGAUUAAGAGGUGAAAGUAGAAAGUGGGUGAACAUUUCCUUUUUUAAUGCCACUUGAGUUAUUGUUUCAUACUUAUUGUCACGACGGAAACUUUAUUGAUCUCAAAUAAUUAAAAAUACAGUGAUUCAUGACAUUGGCAUUUCUUAGCAGUUUCAAGGGCUUUUUCUGUUGAAGGAUGGUUGAUUUGGUUGGUUUGGUUUGUUUGUGUUUAAAGUCCUAUUAAUAGCUAUGGUCAUUUAAGGACGUGCCAGG